AGUAUUGUAAUCAUGGCGCAUGGCGACAGCUACUCGAUAUGAUAAGAACCUUAUCGAUUGUCACAAAUGUCUAUAAAGAGCCAAUCCGUGGGUGAGUGGUUUAUCUUUUCCUCACCUGAGUGGAGCCCGGUCGGUUCUGCAGCGAAAAAUAAAAUGUGUGACGAAGAAAUAAGUGCGUUGGUCAUCGACAAUGGAUCCGGUAUGUGCAAGGCUGGUUUCGCCGGAGACGAUGCUCCACGUGCCGUAUUUCCUUCCAUAGUCGGCCGGGCACGCCAUCAGGGUGUGAUGGUCGGAAUGGGCCAGAAGGAUUCGUACGUCGGUGACGAGGCUCAGAGCAAACGGGGCAUUCUGACACUUCAGUAUCCCAUCGAGCACGGGAUCGUAUCGAACUGGGAUGACAUGGAGAAAAUCUGGCACCACACGUUCUAUAAUGAACUGCGCGUGGCUCCCGAGGAACAUCCGGUACUACUGACAGAGGCUCCCCUAAAUCCGAAGAUCAAUCGCGAGAAGAUGACGCAAAUCAUGUUCGAGACCUUCAACUGCCCGGCAAUGUACGUAGCCAUCCAGGCUGUGCUGAGUUUAUACGCUUCUGGGCGAACAACGGGCAUCGUGUUGGACUCUGGUGAUGGUGUGUCACACACGGUACCAAUCUAUGAAGGCUAUGCGCUGCCACACGCAAUUCUCCGUCUGGAUCUGGCUGGACGAGAUUUAACGGAUUAUCUGAAGACUAUUCUGACCGAACGCGGAUACAGUUUUACGACUACCGCCGAGCGAGAAAUUGUUCGCGACAUCAAGGAGAAGCUUUGCUACGUCGCCUUGGACUUCGAACAAGAAAUGAGCACUGCCUCCGUCUCUACUGCCCUGGAGAAAUCCUACGAACUUCCCGACGGGCAAGUCAUCACCAUCGGCAACGAACGGUUCCGCUGUCCGGAAACACUUUUCCAGCCAUCCUUCAUCGGGAUGGAAUCAGUUGGAGUUCACGAGACAGUGUACAAUUCGAUCAAGAAGUGUGACGUGGACAUUCGCAAGGAUCUCUUCGCCAACACGGUUCUAUCCGGAGGAUCCACUAUGUUCGCCGGAAUCGCCGAUAGGAUGCAACGUGAGCUAACAACACUCGCACCCAGCUCGAUCAAGGUCAAAAUAAUUGCCCCGCCAGAACGCAAAUACUCCGUCUGGAUUGGCGGCUCAAUCCUAGGCUCGCUAUCCACCUUCCAGCAGAUGUGGAUCACCAAACAGGAGUACGAUGAAUCGGGUCCCGGAAUCGUACACCGCAAAUGCUUCUGAGUGUUCAUUAGUGAUCACUGUUGGAAAUAAAGAAGAAAAAAGUAGAAAGGUCUGGGCCGAGAGUCACGGACGGAAACUUGACGUAGGACUUCAUAAAUGUACAUAAAAAUUAACAAAACCGUCCCUACAGAAAUACUAAUCGAUCAGUCACCUUU